AUGAAAGUUUUUAACACAAAGCUUCAAACGGUAGUGAGAGAACAACUGACUGCGGAAGGGCAUCCAUUACCUUCAGAAGUUACCAUAGCAUAUAAUUUUGAAACAAACUCAAUAGAUUUUAAAGUCGUCUCUGCAAAGAAGUCAGGUUUUACAUUUAAUGAAGCAGAUGUAUAUUCGAAUGAAAACUUCAAAGCUAUUGCAUGGUUAGAUAAUGACGAUUGCUUUAAGAAAAUAUUUAAAUACAGUGACUCAACGAUGUCAAUAGAUGACCUUCGUGGAAUGUUACCAUCGACGUUUACAGUAGAAGGUUCAGCAGAAUUGCUUACAAGAUUGUCAAUUGGUGGUAUUUGGUCUCGUGAGAACAUUGUUAUAAAAUCCAGUAUAAGUGAAUUUGCUGAAGAAUCUAUAUUAUGUCUUUCAAACUACAUGUAUUCGCCGCCGAAGCAUUAUAGUAUAACAAACUUUGUCAGUAAGUUUAACAUAAGACUUGUCGAACCUUCUUCAAUGAAAGAUGUUGUGCUACCAAAAGACGGAAAGGAUGGACUCAUUAUUGAGAUGAUUUUAAUAGCAUAUUAA